AUGUCAAGUGUGAAGAGGCCUCUGGAGCAGCAGAGAAAUGUUGCAUUUGUGAAGAAACACAGGAAAGCCCUAAAAAAUCCAGUGGAUGAAACAAGCGGCGUAUCAAAAUGCAUCGUUCGAGUGCCGGUCUCGAUGUAUGUUUCGUUGGCUCCUACAUACAUGGGGGAACCCAAUAAGGGUAUUAAGAAACAGCAUUUGAACCCGAUGAUAAUGAAAUACAGCAGCGAUGUGGGUGGUGUGGUGCUAGGAUAUCAAAAUCUGGACAUCAAAGACUCCAGCCCAGGUGAUGAGGACGCAGAAUAUAAGCUAGUGAAGGUGACCCCAGAUACUCCGUUCGGAUUUACGUGGUGCACUGUCGACCUGUUCGUGUGGCAGCCACAAGUCGGCAAUGUGAUCGAGGGUUGGAUCUUCAUACAGUCUCCAUCGCACAUUGGUCUGCUGAUCCACGAUGCCUUCAACGCCAGCAUAAAAAAAACUACCAUUCCUGCAGAAUGGACUUUUGUACACAACGAAGAUGCCGAUAGCAAUGGCGAGAGCGGAAACGAGGGUACUUCGGGACAAACCAGAUCACUGGGUCACUGGGUCGACGAAAAUGGCCGGCAACUCGAUGGUAAGCUAAAAUUCACGGUGAGAAACGUCUAUACAACGGGCAAAGUGGUAUCUUUGGAGGGUUCGCUACUUGAAGAUGAAAACACAGGCCAGUACCGCUCUCAGGCCGAAAAUCUGCCAGUCGUGUCCAACAAAAAGAUUAUUUUCGAUGACGAAGUGUCUACUGAAAACAGAGAGAGUCACAAGGACCUCGAGCUUUCCAAAAGAGUGAAAGAAGACAAUGGCGAGGAGAUUGUCUAUGAAAGCAACUCUAGCAGUAGCGAGUCUAGCGACAGCGAAUAG